CUCUGAUAUAGAGACUUAGAGGAACAAUCAUCAAUAACCACACCAUGCCUGUUACAUUAGGAAGAAAUCUUCAUUUCUGCUUCACCAAAUCCAAACGUCCAAUACCAUCACAAUCCUCCAAUAUCCAUGAAAAUCAAGAACAUCAUAACAUGCCAUUUUUCAACUCCCUUAACGAAUUUACACUCGAAUGUGACAUCGAAGAAUCCACUAUUCCUGAUUUCUCCACUGUCUUCGCUUCUCAACGAUUCUUUUUCUCUUCCCCUGGUAACUCCAACUCCAUUACUGACUCCUCAUUCAUGUCUUCCUCCAUACCAUCAACUUCUUCGUCAUUGCAAGCAGAGGUAGAUUCAGAAUUUGAACUGACGAGUCCAGCCUUUAAGGCUGAGCAUCAGGGAUCUGAAACACUUUUAGAUGGCUGCACUGCUAUUCCAACUUACUCUCCAAACCCUUAUUUGGACUUCAGGAGAUCCAUGCAAGAAAUAGUGGAGUCAUUUAACUUGAGUGAUACAAGCGCCAAUUGGGACACAUUGCAUGAGCUUCUCAUGUGUUAUCUUGCCUUAAAUCCAAAGAGCACACACAAAUACAUUGUUUGUGCAUUUGCUGACCUCCUUGUCAGCCUCAUGGCUUCCAAAGCGGCAAGUGGAGAUUCAGAGGGAGUUUCAGGAUUUAAAUUAGAUAAAUUCACUCUUUGAAUGUGGGUUUAAGUUUUAAUAUUUGUUACAAUAAUUUUAGUUAUUUUUCACAUAUA